AUGGUUGAGUCACAACGAGAGAAGGACGAGCCUGCGCCCGGAUCACUCCCAACGCCGCCCGUCUCCAUCGGCACGAAGAGAGACCCAAGCCCUGCACGAAGCACAACCGGCUCAUUGACAGACAUCGGCACUGCAACGUCCUCGAACAGAGGCCAAUCACCAAUGCUCGGCGUCCCGCCAUCUUCCACGAACCUCACUUCCCCGUCUCCGUCGGCGUUUGCGGCACUCAACGGCAAUGCUCCUCCGCCGGCAAAGAAAGCGAAGCUCACGUUCGCGGAGAAGGAGGCCAGGCGAAUAGAGAAGGAGUUCAAGGACCAACAAAAGGCCGAGGAGAAGGCUAGGAAGGAGGCGGAACGAGCGGCACACGCGGAAGAGAAGGCACGCAAAGAAGCUGAGAAGGAGGCAGAGCGAAAGAAGAAAGAAGAGGAACGGGAAGCAAAGCGUGCUGCACAAGAGGCUGAGAAAGCUGCCAAAGAGGAGAAGCGGAGGAAGAAGGAGGAAGAGAAGCAGAAAGCUGAGGAGGAGAAGCGGAAGAAGGAGCGGAGCCAGAUGAGAUUGGGAAACUUCUUCAACAUUCCGGCUACUGCGAGACCGAGAGGAGCGAGUGUCGAUAGCCGUGGUCGGUCCUCGAUGAGCCCUGCUCCGUCGAGUGCUCUAGCUGCUGCAAGUCCUGCUGCGUCUGCUUCGACACCCAGCAAGCCUGCACAAACGCUGUACGAGAAGCUCUUCCCGGAUUUCUUCAUCCAACUUAAUGUUACACUUGCACCAUUCAGCAGGUUUGAACGAGAUGGAGAGGCUGUGGAGUCCAUACAGAAGUCGAUUGAUGGCUACAUACAUGGCAGCAGAAGCCCGGGCACACAGCGUUUUUUCGAUGCACAAUCCUUGUUCCACCUCUCGAGCGUCCUUCCUCGUGGCAGACGAUUGAUGCCAGUCAGAGACAUCAUGACUGAGUUCUACUCGGGCAACGCAUCCAAACCGAUCGACCUUACUACCGAUUCUCAGAACUCGCAAAUCAAGCGGACGGGUGACCUCCUUCGAAAGAUUCCCAUGAAGCUCUUGCACUUCCGGGAAGAUGUUCGACCACCGUAUCGAGGCACAUACACCAGCCGACCUGUGACUGGCAUGAUAAAGCUUGCGCGAAAUCCAAUGCGUCGAGACUUGCCAAACACCGACUAUGACUAUGACAGCGAGGCUGAAUGGCAGGAGGAUGAAGACGCCGAGGACCUGAAGAGUGAAGGUGAUGAAGAUGAAGAGGUGGACGAUGAUGAAGAUAUGGACGGUUUUCUGGACGAUGAGAAUGACGAGACUGCCAACUCGAGACGCCUGGUGCUACAGGGUGAUCUGGAACCUAUUUCUACGGGCCUGUGUUGGGAGGAUCGGAAAAAGAGGAAUACGAAUGUGAAGAUGGUUCCGUAUCGGAUGGAGGUGAUUCUUGACCGGAGCAUCAAAUCCAUCGACCCGUUCUCCAAGGCAUACUGGGAGCCCGUUCCGACAGCUAUGGAUCCCCCGCGUAUUCCCCUCAACACAAUGAAAACCACCUCCGCCAACUUCAACGGCCCUACAACCACCUCCAAGACCGUCAAACCAUUCUUCUCAACCGCCACCGACGUCCUGAAAUCGUCACCAUCCACCCUCUUACCCCCUCAAUCGACCCUCCCAUCCAACCCAUCCCCAGGCCGCCCAUCAACCAAGCCAGCAAAAGACCAAAAACCAAAGAAGCUCCUCGGCCAAGAUGAUAUGCCCGCCUUCUGCGCCGCGGUACAGGGUUCAGAUCUGAGUAAAGUCGGUCUCAUCGAGGUGCUGAAGAAGAAGUUCCCAGGUCGGCCCGCGGCUGCUAUCAAGGCUACGCUAGAGGCGGUAGCGAAGAGGGAGGGCGUUAAGGAGGUUGAUAAACGGUGGAAGAUCGUGUCCCAACCCCAGGUUUCGGCAAUGUAA